GAUAAAUUAUGGGGCUGUUUUCGAAGAAAUAUGAAGGUCAUUCUAAACAUACUGUUACGACACAGACGUCACGUGACGCUAGUAACACGUGAUGAUUAUCUAGAAGAUUCACGAAGAUACGAGGGUAAUCUGGAUGUACGCUUUUAGAGUAUAUAAGCCGACAAACAAAGUGACGGUAAGAAUUGCAGACAGACAGUAGUGACCAUGGCCUGGAAUACGUUUAGAAACCUGAAGACUGUAACAGUUCUUAUGAUGGCUGGAGUCCUCCUGGUUACUUUCUGUAUAAUCUACAAGACACAAGUUGCGAGAGAGGUAUUCCCUCGGGGUUCCAUAUCUCGUACCACUCACGGUAAUCUCACGGUGUCACACGUGCCCUUACCACCCUCGCUGAAAGGACGGAAGCUAGCCUUUCAUCAAAUAUACGAGCCCAGACUGAUAAGCUUUGUAAACUAUUCCAAUCCGUUUCCCGUGGUCCGUAAUGGAAGCAAGUUGAUAUUACUUUGGACACCAUGGAACCACCAAUGGGAUACCGUGAAUUAUUACUUUUUGAGGCCUGGAAACGAGUCUUUUGUGAGUUACCAUUGUCCCAAUCAACUUUGUACCACCACCCGUGACCGGUCACGCCUGCACGAAGCUGAUGCUAUUCUCUUCCACCUCUUAGACCUGAAAGAAAACGACUUUCCAACCAGUCGCCACCCCCAACAAAUUUGGAUGAUCUAUGUGAUGGAAGCUCCAUGGCUAGUCCAUGUUUCCUGGAACCGACUGAAAGGCAUAUUCAAUUGGACAUUGAGUUAUCGAGAAGACUCCGACGUCCCGGUAAAAUAUGGAUUUCUGGGAUCUCGGACAACAAAAUUAUUGAACACUCCUCACUUUUCUGAGAAGAAGAAAUCCAUCCUCUGGCUAGUCAGUGACUGCAGUACUAACAGUCGUAGAGAGGACUAUGUAAAGGAGUUGGCGCGAUACAUUGAUAUUGAUGUUUAUGGCUCAUGUGGGACCAAAACGUGUUUCCCUUCUCAGUCAGCAACUUGUUACGAAUCUCUUACUAAAGAAUACAAAUUUUACCUGUCUUUCGAAAAUUCUAUAUGUAAAGAUUACGUCACCGAGAAAUUUUUCAACGUUUUGGGCUAUGAUAUUAUACCUGUCACGUUUGGUGGCGCCGAUUAUGCUGGAAUAGCUCCACCCAAGUCUUAUAUCGAUGCUACUCAGUUCCCUAACCCUAAAGACCUUGCAGCUUUUCUCGCGAAAGUGGGAUCUAAUGAGACUUUAUACGCAUCGUACUUCAAAUGGAAAGAAACGUUCCAAGUGUACCUUUAUCCUUGGAUGUGUCAUUUAUGUGACCGCUUGCACAACCCAGGUCAACCAACCUCCUCGCAUAACGACCUUUACAAAUGGUGGGUCACUGAUGCUAACUGUAUCCGCUGGGACAUGAAUAAGGGUUUUAUCCGAGUGUAAGACAAUGUUAAAAUGAGACUUCGAUAAAUCUAAUUUCUAGAUAGCGCUCCGAUAAUGGUUAGAAGUAACAAUUUUGAUAUUGUGUCAAGAUUUGCUGUUAUUUAUUUUGAAUUCGUGUCUUUCAAGCCUAAUUCUUGAGAUAUAAUGUUCACGGGAAUUA